AUUUUUUUUUUUUUUCUGGAAGACAACAGACUUUGUCUCUACAAGCCUUUUGGCUUUGGGGCUAUUCAGUGAAUCAUUAUGCAUACAUACUCUCCAUUGUGAUUGGGCCCCAACAUGGAUUUAAUCUGACAAUUUCCUGUAAAGAAAGGUGUCGGGUGCCUGUUUGACAACAAUUAUUUAAAAACUUUUUUUUUCUUUACUUAUCAUUUUCAAUCACAAAUUUGCCAAUAAAAUAUGUAGUAUAUAUAUCCAAAACAUUUCAUACUUUUAAACCACACAUUCUCCUAAAAAUAAUUAUUCAAAACAAUUUUUUUCCUAUUGUCAAACAGGGGCUUAAUGAUGCAGCAAAAAAGGCUUGUGGGGGAAGUCUUUAAUCUUGUUCAUGCUUUCUAUAUAUCUGAUUAUGCAUGCAUCUUUGUUCUUGUGAGAUGUUAAGAAAAGAUUUUGUUUUUUGUUUUAGACUGUGAGUUAGUAUUUAUUUAUAUAAAUUUAAUCAUCACUCCGAACUGUGCAGCACGAAUUCAUUUUUUCUUUAAAUUUGUAUCGAGUGUACAAUGUUUUUAUGAAAGAGAGACGGAAGACUUGAAACCAUAUAUCUUAUUCUUUGAUACUAUGUUAACCCUAACUUGGUAUGAAUUGUCAAGUUUUAUAGCUCACCCUCUCUUGCUUGUGCUUCUUCUUCCCUCUUGAGUUGCAAAGCUUAAGCCGUUAGAGUUGCCAUAUUUAUUUAAAUUUGAUCUGAACUACUCAUUGUGCAGCUGGGAUUCAUUUUUUCAUGAAAGUUGUCAUGUGUACAAUGUUUCUAUAAAUGAGUGAUGGUUCUUGAAGUUUUUCCAUAUCCAUUGACAAUCACUUUAGUUCAAUUGGCUGUUGGGACUCUCCUCGUUAUUUUCAUGUGGAUAUUCAAUCUUUACAAGCGGCCAAAACUCAGUAGUCGCCAGCUUGCUACAAUUCUUCCUUUGGCAGUGAUGCACACUUUAGGCCACCUUUUCACCAAUAUGAGUCUUGGAAAAGUUUCUGUUUCGUUCACUCACACAAUCAAAGCUACAGAGCCGUUCUUCUCUGUUGUCCUCUCAGCUAUGUUUAUUGGAGAGUUUCCUACAAUAUGGGUUGUUUCUUCCCUUCUACCAAUUGUUGGUGGAGUGGUUUUGGCAUCAAUGACUGAGGCCUCUUUCAACUGGGCUGGCUUUUGGAGUGCAAUGGCCUCAAAUCUGACAAAUCAAUCUCGCAAUGUCCUUAGCAAGAAGUUUAUGGCUAACAAAGAGGACUCUUUGGACAAUAUUACACUUUUCUCGUUAAUUACAAUUAUGUCGUUCAUCUUGCUUGCUCCUGCUGCUAUUUUUAUUGAAGGAGUCAAAUUUACCCCUUCAUUCCUUCAGAGUACUGGAUUGAAUGUCAGAGAAAUUUACAUUAGGUCUCUUAUUGCUGCUCUCUGCUUCCAUGCAUAUCAGCAGAUUGCUUACAUGAUAUUGCAGCGCGUUUCUCCUGUUACUCAUUCUGUGGGCAACUGUGUGAAGCGAGUAGUUGUGAUUGUGAGCUCUGUACUCUUCUUCCGCACACCAGUUUCACUUAUUAACACUCUGGGUACUGGGAUAGCCCUCGCAGGAGUUUUUCUAUAUUCAAGAGCAAAGCGCAUUAAACUGAAGCCUAAAACAGCUUGAAGAUCUCGUGUCUAAGAAAUUUUCUUGGUUACUAGUGUCACUAGAUCAGAAAGCUUUGUCAUUAACUUUUGUUAUAUCAACACAAAUUUUUCUUUCCUUA